AUGUUGGACCGUAUAUUGAGUACGUGUAUGGAUGGUCGCACUGUGCGUAUCAAUGUUAUGCAGCCACUGACUGUGAACUUUGUAACUGAUGAUCAUUUAUCAGUCGAAGAAAGAAGCAAUGCCGUAUUAGCAAGAUACAAAGAGGGUAGUGGAGUCACUGCAACGUUACCGAAAGUAAAUGUUCGCAGACUAUCACCUAAGCCACUGUCACCCAAAAAUUUCGAAAUGCCUAAAGGAUAUAUCAAGUAUCGUGUGAGAUUGAAUGAAGAAAUGGACAGUAUUUUGGAAUAUGAUGUUGACGAGGAGGAUAUGGAAUGGUUAAGCCUUGUUUCAAAGAAAUUAGAGAAAGCUGGUGAAGAACGUCUUGGUGUACAUAGCUUUGAGAUCGCAAUGGAUCGCCUAGAAAAAGAAAGUUUUUUCCAAGUAAGAUAUGUUGUUGGGGGCAAUCGAAAAAUGCCAUUAGUUUGCUCAAAAGGUGAUGGCAAUUACAAAUGUCUGGUUGAUCAAGAUGCUGUAUGUUGCGUAUGUAACGAUGGAGAAGGCAGCAAUAUCAAUCAAAUUAUUUUCUGUGAUAUGUGCAAUAUUGCUGUUCACCAGGAUUGUUACGGUGUACCUUAUGUUCCGGAAGGUCAGUGGCUUUGUCGUCGUUGCCAGAUGUCACCAUCGAAACCAGUAUCAUGUGUGCUUUGUCCAAGUUCGCAUGGUGCCUUCAAGCAAACAGUUGAUAGUCGUUGGGCUCAUGUUGUUUGUGCAUUGUGGCUGAAUGAGGUUCAUUUUGCUAACAGUGUCUUUAUGGAACCAAUUGAUGGAAUUGAAAAUUCACUGAGACGAAGGCAACGGCUGAGAUGUAUAGUAUGCAAGCAAAAAGUGGGAGCAUGUCUGCAGUGUUCUAGGAAGAGUUGUACUCGUUCCUUCCACGUUACAUGUGCAAAUGCUGCGGGUAUGGAGAUGCGUGCUGAAAUAGUUGAUAACCCAAAACGUGAUGGUGGCACUGAAAUACGGUAUACGGCAUUCUGCCAUUUUCAUUCAGCUGAUUUUGUAAAAAGUGAUGGAAAUGAUUUCUCUAAGCAAAAGAAGAAAGUGGAUGAAAUGAUGAAAAAAGCACGCGAAAAAUUAGCGGCGAGUCAAGCAGUUAUUCCACCAGUUUCUAUUCCUACUGUUCCACAAGAAAGUCUGAAGAGAAUAUGCGAAAAAGCGAAUAUCAGUGAGGGUGUGAUUCGUUAUAUCGUUGCCUACUGGUCGUUGAAAAGGAAAUCACGAUUCGGAGUACCGCUAUUACGAAGAUUAAUCCACAGUAAAACACUUCCCAAAUCCGUUGAUGCUUCUCCGACAUCUGGGCAGGAGACACAUACUAGUGAAGCUAAAACAUACUUUUUACUACGAACAAACCUUGAACGUGUUCGUUUAUUAUGCGAACUGGUGAAAAAGCGGGAAAAGAUGAAAAAAGAAUUUUACGAAUCAACUGCUUCCUUGCUGAAUCGACUGACAAAGCCGUUGAAUACAAUAAUGGGUGAAGUAAUUGAGAAGAUUGCUAGCAAAGAUUACAGUGAUGUGUUUGCAAAACCAGUGACAGAAAAGGAGGUACCUGGCUAUUCAACCGUUAUCAAAAAUCCAAUGGAUUUAUCUACCAUGCGAAAGAAACUUACAAAAGGUGAUUACAAGAAUCUCGCACAAUUGAAGUCUGAUUUUACACUAAUGAUGAACAAUUGUUCGACAUUUAAUCGGCAUAAUGAAUUCUUCUGGAAAUAUGGUCAUCGAUUGCAUCGCAUUGGUUUGAAAUAUUUCAGAGCAGCUGAAAAAGACGUUCAGGCUCUCACAUUGGCAAAUGGGGUACUGAAAACGAUAUCAAGCAUAUCAUAUACACCUGUCGAAGGUUCACGAUUUGACAACGACUUGGAAAACGAUGAAGAAUUGGAUUUUGUGCAGAGAAAAGCGUCAACCUGUCGUAGUUUAAAGGGUGAAAAGACGGUCCCAACUAGGAUAUCAACUCGGAAACGUACUUUGAGGACUUUUGAUGACAGCGUUACACCAAAGCGUCCUAAAUAUAAUCUGGCCAUAGAGUCGUUUAUGACCUACAGAAACAGUCCAUUGAAAAGUCCAAAAUUCUUGACAACUGAUACCUCUACAAUGGAAGAAUCAAGUUCUGCUGAAGAUGAAAUGCCUCUUCGACGAGGACGACGAAGGAACACAAGGAAAUCUCGAAGGCUAAUACCACCACCACCACCAACGGAACGUCCUGUUGAGACAGUUGAAGUGGCAUGUGAAUUUCAACAUGACGAUAUUGUUUGGAUAACAGAAAAUGAUGAACGUAAAAUUGGCAGGGUCAUCGAUUUACGAAUGAGGGUUCUGCUGGCUGAUUUGCCAAUAGACGAAAUGUUUAGCGCAAAACCACAUGAUUACACGCAGUAUGUUUUGGUCUUGUAUUUUGACGGGCAGAAAAACUGGCGAUGGGUUCCGGUUAAAUACGUCUCGUAUUGUCUUGUGAAAUCUAUAAAAGCUGAAGACUAUCCUCUUGCUGUGCGAGAAGCAUUGAGGGAAGCAAAAGCAUUCUUAGGUAUGUGAAAUAUUGGAAAAUUGUUUACCAGCAAAUGAAAUGUUGUUCUAUCGUGUUCUGGAAUGUGUUAUGUAUCCGGUGUUGCUUGUGCUUGAACUGUAAUGCAUAUUUAUCAGAGCAAACGUUAACUGUAAAGUUGAAGGCAGCACAGGAUUUCACUUCCUAUAACUUGCGUAUCAAAUCAAACGUUUCAUUCAUUUCUAUAAGAAUUAUUCCUAUGAAUUCAUUUUCGAGUACAACUGAUGUUUUUUAGCACCUCAUUUUGUG